GAAUGUCAGAACUAUCAAGUUCUGGCGGAUGCAAGCAGGAAUGUUAACCAUGGCGCAAAUCCACUCUUAUGCGAUAACCAUCUCACGCCGAACUGGUAUCGCUUCCAAGGAGCGGCUGGAGUCAAAAUGCUUUCAUCUUGCCCGAAAACAUCCAGGUGCGGUACCCACGCUACUGGGUGGUUGAGCGGCGACCAUCCUUCAGUGGAAGAGGGUAAAGUCACCAGGAAGGUCUGUUUCUCGUGGAGUAAUUGCUGUACCUGGUCGAUCGAUAUCAAGGUGAUGAAUUGUGGCGAUUUCUACAUUUACUACAUCGAUGGAACGCCCCGGGAGCACCAGUGCCAUUUGCGCUAUUGUGGUACCGCCUAA